GGUAGAGGAGAAAAAGUGACAAUAAUAAAGUGUCAAUUAUUUUAAAAUAUGUUUUCAAAUAACCUCACAAAAAAAUAAAAACGAUUUUCCAAAAUUUCGGUAUUUUCCGAAUAACUUCGUACGUAGUCGGAAUUUUUUAAAUUUUAAAACGGCAUUUUGUUAAGCAUAAGAAUACGCAACUUUGCCCCAAUUUAACCGACCCUGUAUCUCUUACCGUUUCCGAAAUCCCAAUGAUGUGGCUCGAAUUUGAAACACCCUGUACAUAAUCAUUUGCCUUUGGGAUACAGGGUACCGUCAAACGGGGUUAAGUGAAUCAUAGUGGGUAAAAUGAAUUAAUCGGGUAUUUCCGCAAAAAAGUCGAUCCCGUCGCAGACCUGCCCCAUAUAGUGACAUUAUUGCAUCGAGAUGACCUCGUUAGUAUGUCUUUGUAUGUGGUAGGGUGUGUUUCGCUGCUCAAAAAAAUACACGUGAGUACCAUAACGACAUGUUCCGGUUAAACGAUUUUUUUGUAUUUUACAAAACUUUGGAAACGAUUGGUUGCGGAAGUGAUCAAUAUUAAUAUUUAUUUACUUGAAUGUAAUUAAUGUGUUUAUUAGACAUUAAUAAACAAAUUUGUGCUUAAUUUUUGGUAAUUUUUUUUUUGUUGAAUUUUAGCAUUUUUUUUUUCUAAGAUGGUAACUUUAAUGGGUAAAAUGAAUCAUUUAAGUGUCGCUGUAAAUUUAUGAUUAAAUUUUUUAGAACUUUUUUUUUAAAUAAUUUUUUAUAUAAGAAAUAUUUUUUUAUUAGUUUUGGUCUUUUUAGCAUGCCGAGAAUUUACAAAAAAAAAUUGGGGCCGCAGGGAAAAUGUAACUACGAUCAAGAAUAUGUUCGUCGAGCAGUGGCAGCGGUUAGACGAGGUGAUAUGUCCAUGAGACAAGCAUCUGAAAGAUUUGGUGUACCUUUCAGUACCAUUCAAAGAAGAUAUCAUGGCAAACAUUCUUUAAAAUAUGGUCGACAGCCUGUACUAAGUGGUGAGCAAGAGCUAAGACUAAAGGAGACAAUCAAAAUUUGCGCCGACUGGGGAUUCCCAUUAAAAAGUACAGAUGUUAGAGCAAUUGUGCAACAAUAUCUAAAUAGACUAGGAGUAAGGGAUUCCAGAUUUAAAGAAAAUAUGCCAGGGAUGGACUGGUUCAAAAGUUUUAUGAGCAGAAAUAAAGACCUUACCGUUAAGUUGGCUGAAAAUACAAAACGCGUUAGAGGUGCAUUAACCCGCGAGGUUAUUCAAAAAUAUUUUGAAAACUUGCAGGUCACGUUGAAAGACGUCCCUGCUCAAAAUAUUAUCAAUUACGACGAGACCAAUUUUGUGGGUGAUCCCGGGUCGGCUAAAGUAAUUAUAAAAAGAGGUGCAAAGCAUGCCCAUAGGUUAAUAGACUCCUCAAAGACCAGCACAACUGUGAUGUUUGCAAUAGCCGCUGAUGGAACAUUACUGCCUCCAUAUACGGUAUACAAGGCAAAACAUUCCUAUGAUGGUUGGACAGAGGGAGGAAUUGAAGGAGCAAGAUAUAACAGAAGCAUGAGUGGAUGGUUUGACUCUGAUAUAUUUGAGGACUGGUUUAAGACAAUUGUCAUGCCUUAUUUUCGAAAGCUUGCUGAGCGUAAAGUUUUAAUAGGCGAUAACUUAAAUUGCCACAUUACCACUAAUGUCGUACAGCAAUGUGAGAAUAAUGAAAUUGAUUUUGUCUUACUCCCUCCCAAUUCAACUCAUUUGCUUCAACCGCUCGAUGUCGCGUAUUUUAGGCCUUUAAAAGCUGCAUGGAGAUCCACCUUGGAACAAUGGAAACUAAAACACCGUGGAGUCAUUCCUAAAACGGAGUUUCCAAGGCUGCUGAGACAGAGUGUGGAAAAGGUUGGCAUAAAGUCGAAAGAAAAUUCCAUUGCUGGUUUUAAGGCAUGUGGAAUUUUUCCGCUCGAUCCCAACAAAGUUUUAAAUAAAAUUUCACGAAAUUUACACAUCGAUGAAAAUGGUGAGAAUAAUGAUCAGGCCUGGAGUAACACAAUAAUCAGUCACCUGAAAAAUUUAAAAACUACCCCGAAUCAAUCAACAAAGAGAGGAAAAAAAAUUAUUAUCGAGGCUGGCAAAAGUGUGUCAAGUCAAAGUUUAUUAUCAACGAUAAUAGAUAAAACACCCACAAAAAAAUCAUCUAAAAAAAACAUGAAAAAAAACGAAAGAAGAGCCCUGGAAAUAUCGGAUGAUGAGUUAGAUCGAGAGUUAGAUAAAGAAUUUUCCCUAAGUGAUUUCGAAAAUAUUGUUGAAAACUUUGACGAGUUUGAUCCAAAUCCGUCGACAUCGAAUGAUGAUACUUACAUGAUCGACACAGACUUAUCCAUGGAGCCAAGGAUUGGGGAGUUUAUUAUUGCAAAGUUUCCAACCGAGAAACGAGAUCGAUUGUUUGUUGGCAAAAUCGAGAAUUGUUCAAAGAAAAAAGAAUUUACUAUAAAUGCCAUGAGAAAAAAGGGAAACUCGGAAAAGGGGUAUUUUGUUUAUCUAGAAAUACAGGACCUUUGCCUAAUAAGCCAAGACCAAAUUAUUAGAAAACUGCGUCAAAAGUCUUUCAAGAGGGGUAAAUUUGUUUUUAACUUAGACAACGACGAAUUUAAAAAGUUGGAGUAAUUUCUUUUUUGUUAAUUUUCCUAUGUUUUGUAUGUAGACUUAAGUUUUUUUUACCAAGAGUGCCAUUUUUGUUUAAAGAAAAGUUCCUAAGUUUGUUGUUUAUAUAAAGCCUUAAUAUUCUGUGAUAGAAUGUGUUAUAGAAUAAGACUUUGUUACUUAAUCUUACUUUUGUUACCAUUAGAAUAAAGAAUUUGUUUUUUUUUAAGUGUUUUUUUCCGUUUAAAUCUUCUUUUUUUAUUUUUUGUUGAUUCAUUUUACCCACAUUAUGUUUAAAGUGAAUUUUACAGCACUUCUAAUACAUGAUUCACUUUACCCCAAACCGGAGGGUAAAGUGAAUCAGACUUUAUCAAAAAAAAUGGAGGACUUCCCAUGCUUAAAUGCUUACAAGUUUUAACAAAAUCUUUUAAGACGUUUACCAGAAUCUACAAUAUUUUUUACAUAUUUUUUAAUUUAAUACUUUGGCAGAAAAACGAAAAAAACCACUUAUUUUGAUUCACUUAACCCCAUUUGACG